GUGUUCACAAACAUUCAGCCUAUAGCAAUUGGUCACUUUACUCCUUUUUUCAGAAUGUGGCAUGUUUAUUCAUUCCACAUCAAGUUGGAGUCUUUAAAGUGAAGCAAUUUAUAGAGAUUAUUGGCUCAGUGACAGAUGAAAAUUUGCAGUCUUUGUCCCUGAAGCCUUUCCAUCAGAUACAUUUAUAUUUCAGUAGUGUCUGCAAACCUUCCACCAAGAAAGUUGUGAUGAAAAUUAAUCCUGGUAUAUCCCCUUUGAUCAGUAAUCCUGUGGGACAGUUUGGGGUGAAAGACUUGGCAAAAUACAAGGACCAUGCACUUGUUGCAAUGCUUCAAUCAACCACGACACACAUUCACAAUCAUAACACAAGUAAGGAGUUAAUAAAGGAUGCUCUGAUAGCCUUUCCCAAUGACCGAGCUGCAAGUAUCCGGUCUGGAGAAGAGCAUAAACAUUUCAGGACGAUUUUCACAAAGAUUCCAAGAUAUAACUAUGUGGAUCCUGAUUUUGCAUAUACUAAAUUUGAAAAAAUAGAAAAGAAAGCACAUGAAAAGCAUUAUGCAGGAUACAUUAAAUAUUUAAGAAAUGUGCGCCUGCUGAAAGAAGAACAGAGGAAACACAUGUACUCAUAUAAUGAUACAGACAUAGGAUUACAGCCAGCAUCGGGUCUAAAGUCACCCACAUUCUCAGAAGCGGAAAUAGAAGAGUUAUCUUCAGCACAGCAUUGGAUCAAGUGUAACCAAUUGCUAAGUACCAGAAAUAUAGCAUCCACGGAGACAAAGUCUUUGAGAAGAAAGGUUCUCAAAGGACUUAAAUCAGACCCAUCCUCACCCCAUGAAAAACAUGAUUGCAGCUUAAUCUUGACACCAAAGCAAAUUCAUCAAGUAAUUGUUGGGCUCUCUGUCCUUAACUUUGGUGAUGUUUGUGUGAACUCAACAAAUACUCGUCUAUUACAUGUUAUUAAUAUGCUACCUAUUCAUAUUUUGAUCCAGUUAGAUGUCAAUUUGCAAGAACUUCCGAAGACCAACCAAUUUUCAUAUGUGAUUCCACCUACAGCUAGUACUUCUGUUUCAAUGAUAUUUGAAUCUCCCACCAUUGGAAAAUUUUGGAAGUCUUUCAUGUCAGUGAACAAUAUGCCUGGUGGGCACAUCCUAGUGAUGGCAGUUGUCUUGCCAGUAAAACUUGAGCUAUCUGCUAAUGAGCUAGUACUGAGACCACAAGACUUCUUGGUGAAAACAUGUUUUAGGGGGAUGGUUAGGUUGUAUAAUCAUCAGAAUUAUUUUGUCAAAUUUGAAUGGCAACUGAUAAAUACAGGAAAAGGGAUGGCAUUUUCCAUUUGUCCAGCUAAAGGCACUGUUGAGCCAUACUCCCUAUUGGAAUGUGAAGUGACAUGGCAGCUGGGAUUUGAUUCUCCGGAAAGGGAAGAAUUUAUUCUUCACAUCAAUGAAGGAAACACGCUGACACUGAAAUGUCUUGCACAUCUUGGUCACACCAAGGUCGUUCUUUUAGAGCCAAGGAUACUCUUCAGUGAUAGCCCUCAAGGUUUAACAACUUGGAGAAAAGCCAUUCUUCACAAUGUAGGACCAAACCAUGCUUAUUUCAAGGUUUGUGACCAGAGUCUUUUGUCUGUGAUUGAUGUUGUUCCAUCACAAGGAAUCAUUCCAUUGCGGGGGCUAACUGUUCUCAAUACCUCCUGUACUCCUACUGUAGCAGGAAAAUUUGAUACAGGAGCAAAGAUUGCUAUUCACCGUGCAAAAGACAUAGACCUUAGGACUGGUGGAUCUAUUGAGAUUGCUGAUGUUGAAAUCAAUCCUGAUGUAUUUAACUUCAGUGGCACCUAUGUUGGCGUUACCCAGAUUAUUCCAUUUUUAGUAAAAAGCAAAGGUAUAACACGUGCCAGAGUAGAGUUUAAUCUGCAAGACUUUGAAGGUUUUUCUAUGGAUUUUAAAGACAAAUCAGGGGAAUUCACAGACACUGCAUUUCCUGACAUAUAUUCCUUGGAGUUAGAGAGAGAGACAUCUCUGGAGUGUGGCCUAGCAUUUUCUCCCAAAGAAGUGGCAACUUACGACUUUAGCAUUCAAGUUCGAAUUAAUUUCUUCGCAGCUUCAGAACUUUACACUCAGUGUUGUUUGUCACACUCUCCUAUGAUUCCAAAAACAGCACCACUUAUUCGACCAUGUUACGUUCAAGCUACUGUGUUGCAAGCACCAGUGACAUUUUCCAGCACUGAUUUUAUAUUUGAAAUCCCAUUACAUACUAUGGAUCCUAAUAAAAGUGUCACAAAAACUCAGGAUCUUGUUUUACAUAAUACUUCAAAAAAAGAUUUAGAGUGGAAUUUGGAUACUAGUAAUACUGGUAAACUUUUCGAAGAUGGCAUAUUCAAAUUUAGCAUACUCAGUGGGACUCUGCGACCAAUUGAAGAGUGUAAUGUUUCUAUAAAUUUCUGUCCAGCAAAGAUGCCAAAAGACUUUCAGGGCGUGGUGGUUCUGGUACUAUACCGAGUUAUACCACAUAGCAUCAAUAAUCUGCGCCCUGUACAUGGACAAAAUUCACCAAAAGUCAAUCCUUGUUUUGCAUCCAGCAACAUAUAUUCUAAUCCUGAAAGGAUUCUGCUUAGUUUGAUGAACACAAAUUAUGAGAACAGCUGACAUGUUAUUUGGAAAAACUGUCCCAAAGAAGGAAAAGAAUGUUUUCGGGAAUGUGGACUAGCAGAUGAUCAAAGGGGCUGUCAUUAUUCUGUGGCUACUGAUAUCUGUGAUCCCAAUCCAAUCCUGAUGCUCAUGUUUUGUGUCUGCAUGUAUGAAAGACUUCCUGCAUAUCUCCCCAAGAAGGUGGUGCCCUUUCAUUGUACUCUUCAUGACACUGUGUUGAGAGAGAUCCUACUGAAAAAUUCAAGCUUGAAAAACUUAGUGUAUAAUGCUACAAUUAUCGGAAGAGAUGCCACUGACUUCUUCCUCUCCCAAGGGAAGGUUGUGACAGUUUCUCCAAAGUAAAAACCAAAUUACUGUUUGGUUUGAACUCUGAAAUUUACCAGUCGCUUCCUCCAUCCUGCUGAAGCUUCACUGCUAUUAAUUUCAAAACCUAAGAGUGGAGCAAGAGGUACUAUGCUGACUUUUGCUCUCAAGGGUGAAGUCCUCAAUUUUAAAGCCAUCGCAAGUAUAAAAUGCAAAUCUCCGUGUUAUAAAUGGAAAGAAAUCAUUGUGAAUGUUAAAAAUCCCUUCCACGCUGCUGGGAACUUCAGUGUCAUUUUUGUGGAAUCCUCAACAUUUAUCUCUUUGCCAUCCCAAUUAACUGAAGUUGGAGAAUUUGUUGACCACAUGAAUGAUGGCGGUGCUGUGAGUAGCAGUGAACAUGAUGUUGCUGAGGGCUGUUCCCAGGCCCCAGAUGCCUUAAAAACCUUAAUUAAGUCCAAUUUCAUCAAAGAGUUCUUCUGCUCUACACAUACUCUUCACCUGGGAGCGAAAGAGACUUCAAGCCUGGAGGUCUUCUUUCUCCCCUUUGGCAUGCACACCCGCUACUGUGUCAUCAUCCUCAGCGACAAAAAGAUUGGAGAAUUAAUAUAUGCUUUGGAAGGAAGAAGUAUGAUCCCCUUGCCUUCCAGAUUCUUUCCAAUGGAUUCUUCAACUCCGCUUGACCAUAGCAGUUCUCCAGAAGAAGUGCUUAAUAAGGAAGAUCCAGUUCUGUAUUUGAAAUGUAAGCUCCGUCAAAUCCUGGAUGUGGACCUUAAAUUGCCACUGACUAAUGAAGCCAAGGAGAAGGCCUUGGCUUUUGCAGCACAGCAGCAGAUGUCGAAGAUAGAGUAUGAGAGAAGGUUGAUCACGUGCACUCUGGAGAGCAGUAGCAUCCGCUUGGCCAUCACCCUCCUGGGGCUGACCAAGAUCAAGAUUUGUAUGCUCUUUAAUAUCUCAAAGUUGAAGAAGCCAAAGUCCAUUUUAUACAAAACAGAGCUGAGCCUUCCAGAACAUUUUGAUAUCCCCAAGACAAUCUGCAUUCCUUGGAUUCCGGAAACUCAAGCUAAAUUGAUUCAAUAUCAAGGAACUAAAUCUGCAGAAAAAACAGUUACAGAUGGAUCUGUUCCAGUUCCUUUACGAUUUGUUCCUCUCAGUCCUGGACGCUACCCUUGUAAAAUCUUGUUGACAUCAAGGUAUGAUGUGCAUGUCUAUUGCGUUGAAGGUGCGGUAAAUGAAGAACGUCCAGAGGCCAGAUUUGAUUUUGAAACACCAGCAUUUGAAGCCCUUACCCAGAAUAUUCCAAUAAAUAAUAAAACAAAGAAUGAAUGGAAAUGUCAAGUUACUAUAGAAGGAGAAUGGUUUUAUGGACCUCCUGUUUUACAUGUUGGACCAAGUGAGACUGUGAAUUAUCCUCUCACAUUCAAACCUAUUUUGGAAUGUGAGAUUAUGGGCAAACUUACUCUACAAAAUGAAGUAGAUAGUAUGGAGCAUAUCUUUGACAUAAAAGGGAUUGGAAAAAGACCGCUGGCCUUGGAACACAUCACCAUAGACUGUCAAGUGGGGGAGAUAACAAAUAAACCCAUAAUGAUGCCCAAUUAUACAACAAGCAUCCUAACAUUUAAGGUAAGAUUUUGUUUAGAAAUUCUCUGGUCCGCCUGCCUACACAUCACCAUAGACGCUGAUAACGCAAUACCCUAUAUUCUACACGUAUGCCCUUGGAAACGUGGUGUAUUCAAAGGUACAAUUUUGUUUUCCGUUAAAAGCAGGAAAAAUGGUGAUUCUCAGGAAGACUCAAAUGAAGAUAAAGAGAGAGAUCUAAUACCCUCCUUUGAGAAGUCAUUAUCGGAACCAUCUGACAAGUUUGAUGAGGAAAAACCAGAUGAUGCUAUUAGCAGUUUACAAAUCUGGUAUUAUCUUGAAAUCCAUAGUGCUCCUGGACCACCCUUAAACACUAUUGAAGUGAAAUGUAUUGCUCUGGAGAGUGUUUGUAUUGAAAUACGUCUCUUUAAUCCAGAAGAGAAAAUUAUUCACUUAAAUGUGCAGUUAUCGAGUGCUGCCGUUAGUGGACUCAAGGAACUUGUACUAUUUCCACUAGAUUCUCUCAACUGUGUUGUACGGUAUUCUCCAGCGACUACAGGCUAUAGAGAACAAAGGUUUGUCACUCAGAUAAUUCCUUUAGAUAAUCCUACACACGAAACCUUAGAAUUGCAAGCAACAAACAGUAAUCCUGAUAAUUUUGUCCUGGAGAUUAACAGAUCACAGCUGAUCAUACCACCUCACUCCACCAAAGACAUAUCUGUUCACUUUCGUCAUUCUGCUCUUGGAGGAGCUGGUCAUCAGACUUCUGUCACCUUCCACUGUGCUCAGUUUAAAGAAUGGAUAUUCUACAUCUCUGGAAUAGGACUAUUCCCCCAGCCUCUAGAAAUAGAAAGAAUGACCACAUACCUUCGUCUUCAAUCAUCUGUUCUUAUACCUUUCCAAAAUCCCACCGAAGAAGAUGUUUUAAUCGAUAUCAUACUAAUAGGUCAGGGGAAGCACAAGUGUCUCGUCCUGGCUCCAUACUGGGACAGCUUCCUCGUAGAGACUUCUGCCUUCAAGCUUAGUGGUCUGAGUCACACAAAAGGAAUUGCAUUGCCUCCUAAAGGGACUGUAGAUAUCCAGGUGUUAUUUGUGCCCCAGGUUAUGAAAUUACAAAAAACAAUGGUCAUUGUUCAAAUGAAGAAGGCAAGUGGAGAAAGGUGGCCUGUUGACAAUUUUAAAGAAUUGCACACAGAGGUGAAAAGAGCUUUGGGGAUAGACAGUGAAGAAAUCCCAGGAAUAUGCUGGAUAUACCCUAUUCUUGGAUUCCCACAGGUACCACAUCCUAAAUUCCCCCAAGUUGUCAUAAAAUGUCAGUCCAGGAAGUGGGUAGAAGAGGAGGUGGAAGUCACAUUGGAUGGAGAUUUUUGGGGACAAAAUCCUAUCUUAGAUCUGACAAACUUUGUAGUGAUUCCAAAAAGAAAAUCAUAUGAUUCUUAUGAAGAUAUCAAAGAUAUACCUGUAAAACGUGAAUUUGAAUAUGAAAUUCAAUUUGAAUCUGAAGCUGUGAAGGCUAAUUUGGAAUCCUGCGUGGCUUUAUAUUACAUUAAAAAAUCUUAUAAUAUCAAGGCUGAAAGGGUAACAUUGGUCUUCAGUCUGAUAUUUGCACCAAAGAAACCACUGAGAAAUCCCGAGCCAUUCACGGCAUACUUCCUACCUGGCAGUGAUCCUGAGUUUUUUGUAAAACCUCAGGUUGGAGAACUUCUUCCUUUUGACACUGAAGGAACUCUAAUCGUUGUGGGUUUUAAACCCAAAAUGUACAGCAGGAAAUACAAAGCAACGUUAGCAAUACAGAGUCCUUACAACCCAGGUAAUAAAAAUAUAAAGCCUCUGGAGACUUGCUGCACAUAA